AUGGCCCUGAAGAGGAUUCAUAAGGAGUUGUCUGAUUUGGGUCGAGAUCCACCUGCACAAUGCUCGGCUGGUCCCGUAGGUGACGAUUGUAAGUAUGCCGUACAUAAUUCUCACGCAGACUUAGUGUUUCAUUGGCAGGCAACGAUAAUGGGUCCCUCAGACAGCCCUUUCGAGGGGGGAGUUUUCUUCCUUGACAUCCAUUUUCCCACCGAUUAUCCUUUCAAACCGCCAAAAAUUACAUUCACCACUCGAAUAUAUCACCCAAAUAUCAACUCAAAUGGCAACAUAUGCCUGGAUAUUCUAAGGAAUCAGUGGUCUCCGGCGCUAACUAUAUCGAAAGUGCUGUUGUCGAUAUGCUCCCUCUUAACCGACCCAAAUCCGGAUGAUCCUCUCAGUCCGGAUAUUGCGCGUACAUACAAAACAGAUCGCCAGAAAUACGACAAGACUGCUAAAGAAUGGACUCAGAAGUACGCAAUGUAG